UCCAAUAUUAUCUUCCCCCUCCUGCGCGGUCACUGUGCUGCUCGUGAGCUACAACGUGUUUUCAUUUUACUCAAGUAAAGAAUAUUAGUUGUAGUAACAGUUGCAGUAUUAGUUCUAGUAUUAGAAGUAUUAGUACAUGUAGUAGUAUCUGUUGCCAUGGGAACGCAGACAGGAAGUGAAGCUGAGGCUUUUUAUCCGAGUGAUGAAGAAAUUGAGAAGUGGAUGAUCAACGCGUUCAAGAUGGCCAGAGACGCUCUGGAGAACGGAGAAGUUCCUGUGGGAUGUCUCCUGGUCCACGAGGACCAGGUGGUCGGGAGAGGACGCAACGAGGUCAACCAGAGCAAGAACGCGACGCGUCACGCAGAGAUGGUCGCUCUGGACCAGCUCCUGGACUGGUGUCGCCAGAGCAGCCUGGACGUGAAGAGCGUGUGCGAGCGGACGGCGUUGUACGUCACCGUGGAGCCGUGCAUCAUGUGUGCGUCGGCCCUGCGCCUGCUCAAUAUCCCUGUGGUCGUGUACGGCUGCAGCAACGAGAGGUUCGGAGGCUGCGGCUCGGUUCUGGACGUCUCCUCCGCAAACUUACCUCAAACUGGGACCACGUUCAAGUGUGUCUCAGGUCACAGAGCAGAAGAAGCUGUUGAAAUGUUGAAGACUUUCUACAAACAGGAAAAUCCAAACGCUCCAAAACCUAAACCCAGGAAGGACUGAGGUGCUUUUCAGACACAGGAGUUGUAGAUUUUCUUGUAUUUUACUUUUUAUAAAUCUUUGUAAUUUAAUUAAAUUGUUUUAUAAAUAAUGAUGUUUGUUUUGCUGCCUGUCAGUCAAUCUGCCUGCAGGGGGCGCUGUAGGUCAACUAACCACACGUUGUCCAAGUCAGAAAUAAAACUCAUAAAUCUGAAUGUGUAAAAUAUCAGAAACUAAAACUGUGUCGAACACGGGAUUAAAACAAAAAUAUAAAAAUGAUCAAAUUAAAAA